ACGCCGACCACCUCCUAUCCAGUCCCCGACUGCAACGGUGCCCAACCACCGCGCCGAGCGCAAGACCUUGUCGUGCCCGUCUCCAUGGCGGCCUCGGCGGUCGCCGUCUCCACCUCCCUGUGCAGUUCAAAGCACCCCUGUGGUCUGAGGCCGAGAACUCAAGCCCACCGUCUCGCCCAUUCGCUCCUCGGCUGGCCAUCGUCGCGCCGAAGGCUGACGGUUUUGGCCGCGGCGGGUAAGCCACCGGGCGAGGAAGAGGAUCAGGCCCCCGCGUGGGCGCGGCCGGGCGCCGACGAUCCGCCGCCAUGGGCGCGCGAGGGUGGUGGGGACGUGCAGGAGCCCGGCGCCGGCCAGGUCCCGUUCUACGCGUACCUUCUCGCCUCCGCGGUCACCGCCAUCGCCGCCAUCGGCUCCAUCUUCGAGUACACGAAUCAGCGGCCGGUGUUCGGGAUCAUCAGCUCCGACAGCGCCCUGUACGCGCCGCUCCUGGGGUUCUUCGUCUUCACCGGCAUCCCGACCUCCGGGUUUCUGUGGUUCAAGGCCGUGCAGACGGCGAACAGGGAGGCCGAGGAGCAGGACCGCAGUGACGGCUUCAUGUGACUGAGAAACUUGCAGCUGCAGCUGCAGCAGCAGAGCACCUAGCGUAUCGCUAGUGUGCGUAUUCGAUCGGGUGUGUCGCCUGAUGUGUGGCAUUGUAGAACUGAAGAGAGCAGACGAAUCUGCAGCGGGAAAAAAUACUAGCAGAUUAACAUCUGAGUGUCUGCACAUGAAUAGAAACACUUGCAUUUUCGGUUGAAAAUCGUACCGCGUGUUCUGCC